CUGGAAUUAAUAAUCAACAAAACGACGUAGCAGCUUUUCAACAUUUGAAGCGGAUUCCUGUCAUCACUGUCAUCAGGACACUGCGACCUGUUGGAAAUGUGGAUAUUGUCGUCUGAUGGUGAUUUCCUUCUCGGCAAACGAGUAUGGCUGAAGCCUGGGAAGAAGUAUCUGUUUGGCCGAGUGAAAAGGAACGGAGUGUGCCAUGCAAUCAACAACACAACCAUCUCUCGACAGCAUUUGGUUAUCGAAGUUGGCCAAGUAAAGCCAGGGGCAGGAUUGCAAAUCCACUCGAAAUCGCGGCUCAUCGUUACCGACCUAAAGACGAAAUGUGGGACAAUAGUCGACGGAGAAUCGAUCCAGGGCUCGAGCAAGGAGCUUAACAAGGACGAUCAUGUAAUCCAGAUUGGGAAAUAUCCGCACGUUCUAAGGAUUAAGUGGCACCCUGUCGUUCUGACCUUCUCGUUUCCGUCCAAGGCGAAGGAUCCACUCAAGGAAGUUCUCUGUCGCCUCGAAGGCCUUGAUAUUAAAACAAUCAUCCCCUACGUGGUCGAUAAGACCACCCACGUUGUUCAAACCAGACGCAAUACCGCGAAAGGGCUUCAGGCGUUGAUUAAUGGAAGAUACAUCGUUCAAAAAUCCUACAUUGAGGCCAUUGUAUACGCCACCACCCCAGGAGACCUCGGGAGUGAAGAGGCUAUUUGUCCUCUAGAGGAAGAUUUUGAUGCUGCCUGGCCAGAUCCGACACAAUACCUACCGCCGAAGGGCAGGGAACCUACCCAGAGGCCAGACGCGGCAUAUGAACCAAACCCGAAUAGAAUCAACGUAUUCGAGGGAUAUACAUUUAUCUUCUGCGAUGCUAAUAGAUUCGAGGAUUUACAGGGACCAAUUACAAACGGCCAUGGAAAAGCUUUGCUAUACGAUAUGGAGCGGGGGAGAACCACCGCAGAUGAUGUAGUGAGUUACAUGGAACAAGUUGCGGGGAAUAAGGGGCUGGGGAAUUUCGACGGAAGUGGAGGCGUUGGUCUCGUGCAGUUUCGGAAAGCAGACGAACACUAUGAUUGGGAUGGAGAAACGGAGAACCGCGUCGCUGGGAUAACAGGCCAGAAGGUUGUUGAAACAAGCGGAUUUUUAGAUGCCAUACUUGGUAAUGACGCAUCUUCGCUUCUCCGACCUCACCCAAAGGAUAAUCCUCUACGUCAAUCGGAACGACUCGACGAACAAGCGCCGGUAAAUGAGGAUGAGCCCGUCCCAAUGGAUGUUAGCGACACGCAGGCUGCUAGCCACCCACCAAAAAGAUCCCGUACACGGACAUUUGUCAGCAAGUUCAAAACAUUCGAUGACGGGUUUGACAUGGAUUCUAUUCCGGUGUAUACUUUGGAGCAGGGUGAUGGAUCAGAACAAGCCUCUCAAGCAAUGAUUACGGAGUCGUUACCGGACCAAUCUCAGACAGGUCUCUCGGUGUCCGAGGGCGAGGAUAUGGUCUCAGAACUCCUCCCGGGCGCUGCUGCGAUGAAAGUACACCUUGCUGGAAGUCGGAAACGAAUAAAAUCGACUCCUGCGCUUGAAAGCUCGCAAAAGCCCAAGAAAGCGAAACUGAAUGUAAUGGAGGCCGCCCGGCAACGUCGUAAGGCUGUUGAUGAAGCAGCGAUGCAGCGGCGGGAACAAGAAGUUGCGUCCUUCCGUGCGAUGACCGAAAGCGUGGAUAUCGGACGAUUGCGGAACCUUGCGAUUGUUGAAGAGAUGGUGGUGCCAGUCAUGUCUCGCGAACAAAUAGACCCGGCCGAUAGUGUUCGAUACGAUCAGCGCUGGAAUGGCCGAAAGAACUUCAAAAAAUUCCGCCGAAAGGGACAUGGCUGUUCAAUCCCUCGCACGGUUCAGCCUGUGAUCGUGCCCCUGGAAGAGGUUAAGAGGAAGGACUUUGGUCUUGGGGGGGCAUACUGGAGUACGAGCCAACCCAGGGCCCGACAUCAUACUACGAUUGGAAGGAAUGAGGAAACUCCGAGCCCUUCACGGCGCAUUAUUACCCAAAGCAAGUCAUCCACUCGGCCUGCAAGCAUUGGUAAGCGGCCCCGAGAUACUCGAGAUGCAAGGGAGUCUGAUAGUGAAGAUUGUGUGAGAUUCCGCUUCCGACGAAGGAAGGGAAGAUGAUAUAUCCUUGAGGCGGGAUUUCAAACCAAAAUUCGAAUGAUCGGAAUGCACAGCUAUUUGAAAUCGAAAAGUCGGAAACCAUGUCUUGUCGCUGUUCGUAGAGUGCCGUUUUUUUGUUGUAAACCAGGUCUUUCCUGUAUCUUAGCUUCCAACUAUAGAUAUAGUAGUAACGUAAGCAUGCACUCACAACUCAGUUGAUGCCCGCUCUGAUCAUGUUAAUCUUAAUACUGGCUUCCAUUGUCUUGAGACAGUCACGAAAAUUGAUUUUUAUUAAAGAAGGCUGAAAUAUGCUUUAACAGUGACUUGAAAUCAAACUUUCUCUCUCUUUAAAAAGCAUCUGCUUUAUUGUGAUGAAUGUGUUUAUGUAGAAUAGUUGAACAUUGUAUUGGCAGAGCUAUUUACAAAGAAUCUAAUAGUGGUUGAUCACAUGAUCUAGAGAGAUUGUGUGGGAUGGUUAAUCCUUAUCUCAGUAAACUCAGCCACUCCACUCCGAGCUAACUCAAUCCGAACUACUGCUACUUUCUGCCAAGUCCUGCUAACAUCUGAGCCAAUCAACUGUCACAGAGCUUACACUAAACCUAAAUGAGACAUCCCCAGCAAACUCUUCACAGAGUGUCUGAGAAAAAACAGUUUCUAUUUAUUAGUAACACAGAAAUAAUUUACUUUAAUUAUAAUAUUUAAGAUAGAAUCACUGUAUAAUAUCACUUAUAGAUCAUUUCUCUAUUAUCUUGAAGAAUUAAUUUUUCAAUUUUCUGUUGAUUGAUGUA